AUGGAAUGUCUCAAGGACAGGUUCUAUGACGGGGUUGUCCUCGACGGACGAUUUGAGACGGUAUCUCCACUCAAUCAUGGCUCAUUCGGUAUGGUCUUCAUGGCCAAGGAUUUGACCAAUGGGGAAUUCGUUGCUAUCAAGUGCUUGACAAAGAAGUCCGCUGCUAGUGACCAAGACAUGUCGUUCGCCAUUGAUGAGAGAUCUGAGGAGCUUGCCUGCCAUGCUCGUCUCGGAGCUCAUCCCAACAUUGUCAACCUCAUUCAUUCCUUUGAGACCGAAGCCCAUGUCUACAUUGUUCUCGAGUUUUGCUCCCGGGGCGAUUUGUACGAAGCCAUCCGCAGCAAGACUAGUCCAAGGGAGACCGAACGUGUCCGCGAAUUCAUGCUUCAGCUUGUCGAUUCUGUCUCCUACAUCCACAGUAAAGGCAUGUAUCAUCGCGACAUCAAGCCAGAAAAUAUCUUUCUCACCCAGUCGGGUGAAAUGAAGCUUGGAGACUUCGGUCUCGCUACAUCUGAGGCAUGGACUUACGAAACUACGGUCGGCAGUGAUCGUUAUAUGUCGCCUGAACAGUAUGAUUCUGCCGGUGCUGGCUAUUCGCCGGGUCAGGCCGACAUCUGGGCCAUUGGUAUCUGCCUCUUGAACAUCCUCUUUUCUCGCAACCCGUUUACCACACCCACCGAGUCUGAUCCUUUGUUCUUGGAUUUCAGUCGAGACAAACAAUCCCUCUUUGAUGUCUUCCCAAAAAUGUCUCAGGACACAUACGAGGUCAUCGCCCAGUGCAUGAGCUUGGAUCCACGUAAACGUUCCCUUGUUGGUGCUCGUGAGGCUCUAGAGCGCCUUGUUAGCUUCACCAUCGACGACGAGUCCUUGGAUGACUUUGACUCGGCAGAGAGACGACGGGUUAUUGCCAGCGCCAAGCGGGAGCCCCUUCGAACACCAUCACUUCAGCAAAGUCCGCAAGUCGACACGGGUUCCUUUCCAUGGGCCAAGGCAUUGCAGAGCACUCCUCAACGGCAAUACCGCCAACUUUCUGCUAUUGCGGACGAUGAGAGCUAUAUUUCCGAAGAGCUCUUCCCAAGUUCCGAAGAAGAAAGCAAGGACUGGUUUUCGAUUGGCCAACAGACGCCAUCAAUUUUGAACUCGUCCCUUGGCGAGUCGAUGAACUCUCUCGCCUUCAGGCGAGCAAACAAAGUGGGACCUCCUCGGGCAAACCUCACUCCCAUCUCUGGCUCUCUCCCAAUCACCAUGUCAAAGCCUAAGCCGCUGCCAUCGAUGGCCUCCAUCUUCGGCAGAAACGCUGAUAUGGUGUCUAAGAGCUGGAGUGACCUUUGGGACGAAGAUAUUGAAGAGGAAGAAGAAGAGACUGAGAAGCAAUUGAAGGCACGCCAAACCCAGAAUGCUAGGACUUGGAGUCAUGAGAGCAAGUCCGAUGAUAAUACGAUACGCCGAGGACCUUUAGAGACAAAGAGUGCUUCUUUUGUAAAUAUUGAGAAGGCGAAUUCCGAGGCUCAACAGGCGGCAGCCACCGACAUAGAUGAUGAUCUUAUUGCGGAUGGCUUCUUCUUCCAUGAUACGCCACCAACGGCGACCGUUUUGGAGCAGUGUCCUCGUUAUUCACCCCCAAUCAAGCGAUCUACUUUCGAUAAGUGGUCGGCGCUUGGAGAGCGCCGACGAGCAGUGACUGGUACUGAAAUGGAGAAGUCCCCAGAUUUGUGGAAGGGACGGCGAAAUGUUGGAUUGGGCUUCACUGGGUUUGGAGCCGGGGUUUGGGAUAACAAGGCGACCAAUAUUUCUAAGGAUAAGGUUAGGGAAUGCCCAUGGAACAAGGAUAGCCAUAGGGCCCGAGAUCGAUGUGUUGUCCGCAAGGACAAACAGCUUCUCGGAGAUUUAGAGUGGGUUGGAAGUCUUCAUGACAUCCACUUGUAG